CCGUCAGACGUCAUCAGCAUUGCGCCGUUCAAUGGACAUCACAAAACAACACUGAACUGCGUCAUGUGCAUUAUUUUAUGAGCUUUUGUAUCUGUUGUAAAUAUCCAGUUUUAAGCAACAGACACACAGUGAAUUGUAGCGUAUAUUUAGCAGCACUGUGUAGACUUCUAAAGAAAGUACUCGUAUAAUUCGGUGUAAUAGCAUCUUAAGGUUGAAUUAGUCGUAUCUUUUACUCUUGACGCUAAAAACAAACCUCUCAACGUACUGUUACCGCUUGUUAAUCCAUCUGUAAAAUCCAUAUAAUACCGCAGACAUUACAUUUAUAAGUCCCCUGUUCAUAGAUUAGAAUUAAGAGAUGGAAGGUGUUUGUAAUGGCGAGGAUUCAGAUGUGAUGGCUCAGACGUGUGUGCUGUCUGAGUUCGGUGAGAGCGCUGAAGUUCGAGCUCUCAUCAGCAGUCUGCCUGACAUUUAUCACGACACGGUCACCAGAGAGAUCACCGUCGAGAAAUUCAUUGUUAUGAUGGAUCGCUACCAGGAGCAGCCACAUCUUUUGGACCGUCACUUAGAGUGGAUGCUGAGCAUGCUUUUGGAGAUGAUCCGCAGUGAGAAGUCGCCACCUCUUCUGGUCCAUAUCUGUUUCAAAUUUAUCUACGUCAUCUCUAAGGUCAGAGGCUACAAGGUCUUCAUGCAGUUUUUCCCUCACGAGGUGUCAGAUGUUCAACCGGUGCUGGACCUUUUAUGCAGACAGGACCCCAAGGACACUGAAACCUGGGAAACACGCUACAUACUCCUCCUGUGGCUCUCCAUGACAUGCCUCAUUCCCUUCGACCUGUCCCGUCUGGAUGGCCACUUGUCCACUGACCCCGGGAUCAACAGAGAGUCUGUCAUGGAUCGUAUCAUGUCUGUCGCUAAGUCAUUUCUGAAUGUCAGUGACAAAUCUCGAGAUGCUGCAGCUGUACUCGUGGCAAAGUUUGUGACCCGUCCAGAUGUGAAGCAGAAGCAUUUGGGGAAUUUUCUGGACCACUGUCUGACCACUAUCUCACAGGCCAGUGAGCUGACCAUGGAGGGAACCGUGGCUCUCGAUGGAGCUUUACAGUCACUAGCCCAGCUCUUCAAGCAUGGGAAACGUGAUGACUUCCUGCAGUAUGCCCCCUCUGUGUUUCAAUGCUUGAACACGAAGAAAAUAGUUGAGAGUAACCAGGCCACAUUACGCAAACUGGGAGUAAAAGUUAUCCAGAGACUGGGCCUGACAUUUCAAAAACCACGUUUAGCCAAAUGGAGAUACCAGAGAGGAUGUCGGUCACUUGCAGUGAACCUGGCCCAAUCUGCUGUAACAGAAAGUGUAGAGGCGACAAAACCUGAUCUGGCAUCUGUCAGUCAUGAUGAAGACGAUGAUGUACCUGAGGAGGUUGAGAAUGUCAUUGAGCAACUGUUGAUGGGGCUGAAAGACAAAGAGACAAUAGUGCGGUGGUCUUCUGCCAAGGGGAUUGGAAGAGUGACCGGUAGACUUCCUAAAGAGCUUGCAGAUGAAGUGGUUGAAUCUGUGUUGGAGUGCUUCAGUUUCCAGGAAACAGAUAAUGCCUGGCAUGGUGGCUGCCUGGCUCUUGCAGAGCUGGGCCGGAGAGGACUGCUGCUUCCUUCACGUCUGUCUAAUGUGGUGCCACUGAUUGUAAAGGCUCUGACAUUUGAUGAGAAAAGGGGAGCCUGCAGUCUGGGCUCAAACGUCCGUGAUGCAGCCUGUUAUGUAUGCUGGGCUUUCGCUCGUGCCUACGAACCAAGUGAACUUGAGCCUUAUGUUAACCAGAUUGCAAGUGCGCUGGUCAUCACAACUCUAUUUGACAGGAACGUCACCUGUAGAAAAGCUGCCUCUGCUGCUUUCCAAGAGAAUGUGGGCAGACAGGGCACUUUCCCCCAUGGCAUAGACAUUCUCACAGCGGCUGACUACUUCACGGUUGGUAACCUGAAUAACUGCUACCUGACUAUCAGUGUCUACAUUGCUAGUUUUGAAGAAUACACCAAACCAUUAAUUGAUCACUUGGUGGCUAUGAAAGUCAAUCACUGGGAUGGGGUGAUAAGAGAGCUAGCCGCUAAAGCAUUGCACAAUUUAACAGUCUGUGCCCCUGAAUACAUGGCCAGCAGCGUUUUACCCAAGCUCUUGCCAAUGACGACAGGAAUGGACCUACAAGCCCGUCACGGCUCGAUACUGGCCUGCGCUGAGAUUACUCAUGCCCUCUAUGAACUUGCCAUCCAGAACAAUAGGUCGGUGACUGACUUCCUAUCCUCAGACACUAUUGAAGGCCUUAAGGGCAUUCAUCAAAAGCUCGCUGACAGAAAGCAGUACAGGGGAUUUGGUGGAGAGCUCAUGAGACCAGCAGUCUGUCUCCUCAUUGAAAAGCUCUCUCUCUCUAAGAUGCCUUUUAAAGAUGAUCCAGUAAUAACUGGUUGGCAGUGGUUGAUAGACGACUGCUUAAAGCACCUUCAUCUGUUCUCCAGUGGGGCGAGAGAGGGUAUACAGGAUGCUGCAGUUUCAGCAUUGGCAGCGUUGUGUCUGCAAUAUUAUCAGGUUGAGACAGGGGUGGCUGAUCAGAAAAUGCAAGAACAGCUGAUUGGACAAUACCUUUUAGCACUGGAGAGUCCUGAGGUUCUGACCCGCUGCGGCUGCGCUCUCGCCCUGGGCUCACUACCUCCGUUCAUGAUACACGGCAAACUGCAGCAGAUAUUACCUGGGCUUCAGGCAGCCUGUAGAGUGGCACAGAAACAGGAGAGUCUUACAGAAGCCAGGAGGGACGCUGCCACAGCCAUGUCUCAGGUGUGCGUAUCCGUAGGAGUGCGCGCGCGAGGCAGCCCGGACCACGUGUUGUGUGAGGACAACAUUAGGGCCGUGUAUGAAGCCUUGCUGGGAUGUAUGAACGACUACAGCAUGGACAGCCGAGGCGAUGUUGGGGCCUGGGUGAGGGCAGCAGCAAUGAGCGGUCUCAUGAACGUCACCCUGACGGUCGUGGCGUCUGCACCAGAGCUUCUUUCCCCUGACAUCGUACAGCAUAUGAUGUGUUGCCUUGCCCAGCAGGCUGCCGAGAAAAUAGACCGCUACAGAGCUCACGCUGGCACCGUUUUCCUGCGACUUCUCCACAGCACAGAGCCCGCAGUACCUCACAUUCCUCAUCGGGAGGAGCUGCUGAGCAUCUUUCCUCUAGAGACAGGACACUCCCUAAACUGGAGCGCAGCAUCACAGGCUUUCCCUCACAUCACACAGCUGCUGCGGCUGCAUCAGUACCAGUACCACACACUGCUGGGCCUAACUGUGUCUGUGGGUGGACUCACCGAAUCCACAGUGCGUUUCUCAUCUCAGUCAUUAUUUGAGUAUUUGAAGUCCAUUCAGCAGGAUGCAGCAGCACUACAGCAGUUUGGAGACACUGUGUUAAGAAUCUUCAGAGAUCAUCUGCGCAAAGACAGGGUCUCCAUUCCUUUACUGAAGAUGGUGGAUCAGCUCCUGGCUAACGGCUGCUUUGACAUCUUCACUACUGAGGAGAGUCAUCCAUUUUGUGUGGAGCUGCUGUCACUCUGUAAAGAGGAAAUCAAGAAGUCCAGAGAAGUCCAGAAGUUGUUGUCAUGUAUAGCCGUGUUCUGUGGAAUGGUCCAGUUUCAGGGCGACGUGAGGAAGAAGAUCUUGGUGCAGUUGCUGAUAUUGCUCUGUCACCCCUUUCCUGUAAUCAGGAAAACGACAGCCAGUCAAGUAUAUGAGAUGCUCUUGACCUACGAUGAUGUCAUAGACGAUGAGCAAGUGCUGACUGAUGUCAUGGCCGUGCUCAGCGACACUAAUUGGGAAAAUGACAUCGCCACAGUGAGAACUCAAAGGAAUCAGCUUUGUGAUUGGCUGGGAGUGCCAAGGCCAAUACCGGUGGCCAAGAGUUCACCCCAAUAGCUCCUUUCGUUUCAGACGAACAGAAGCACUACCAGUUUGUCUCUGUACUCUGUUUUGUUUUGGACAUCAAUCAAAGUCUGAGAUGUUUUCCAUGUAAUACCAUGUGACCAAUACAUUCCUAAAAACAAUAAACUUCCUUGUGCUCUAAA